CAGCGGCGCUGACAAACACACACAGCCAGCCUCAGGACUGAUUACGCUUUGACAGUUAUUGCUCUCUUGUAAGUCGCAGCAGCAGCAGUAGUGUCCUUCAUUGGAGCUCCAGAAGAUCUUCCUGUCCUCUGCAGGGUAACAGUGGUCUCGGAGCACCUCAGGGCUACACGCGCUACAAGCUCCCACUUGCCCGGCAUCACUCCGUUAUUGAUCUGCGUCCUGAAGAAGCCUCUCCAGCCAUGAAAGCCAUCAGCCCUGUGAGAUCAAUGGCCAGCUGCUACCAGGCUGUCUGCUGCCUGUCGGAGCAGAGUCUGAGCAUCGCCAGGAGUAGUAGCCACAAGGGACCAGGCGUUGACGAGCCGAUGGGUCUUCUCUAUGAUAUGAAUGACUGCUACUCCAAGCUCCGGGAGCUGGUCCCUGGGAUACCCCAAGGCAGCAAACUCAGCCAAGUAGAGAUCCUGCAACACGUUAUUGACUACAUCUUCGACCUCCAGAUAGUGUUGGGCGAGGAGCAGCAACACAGCGUUAGCAGCACCAUUCUCUCCUUACAAAAGUCUGAUUUCUCAGAAAUGUCAACGAAAGGAGAUGCCAGUAUCUGCCACUGACUCACCUGUCAUGGUGUGGGAAACUCGUGAAAAAGAAAAAAAAAACUUCUUUCCAUGAAGCAACAGAAUUCAACUUGCAAGAAUUUAACCCUUCAAGAUCCAACAAUCAAGAAGAAUCUCAUAGUUUUAUAUUGAAAAGACUCUGAUUUUACAUUGAAAAAUCCCUUUUAAAGACCAAAUAGAUAUAUUUUAUUUUACUGAUUCAACUCAAACUGAAAUAAUGUUAAAAUUAUAUAUAUUUUUUUCAUAUCCUAGAACCAAUCCAUCAAUCUCAAGUGUGACUGGCUGCAAUGUUAGAAUUUGAUUUAGGAAAGGUGUCUAUAUUUCUCACUGCAUUGCUCAAGUGUUUUUAAAUAUUUUCUUUUCUUUUUUUUUUUUUACAUUCCUAUUCACACUAUGGACCAAAAAGCCAUCAUUGCCUAGUUCAAAUAUACUGUUUUCUAUAUUUUCAUUAGGAACUUGAAUUUCUGUUACUGGAAAAAUAAUGGUAACUCUUGCAUUAAGAGCUGUAUAUUUUUGUAAAUUACACUUUAUGCCUUCAUGUGGAACUCUCCUUCUAUUCUGCGAGGACAUAAAAGCCUUAAUCUGUGGUACUGACCCCAGAGUAUCCCACUCUCUAAAGUAGAGAAUAAUCUGUUGGAACUGCACAGUUUCUUCUGUUAGAAAAGAAAACUUUUUAUAAAAGUUGUUAUUUUGUGUAUGUAAAUAAUAAACAAAACCUUAUUUUUAACAA